CGAGAGUGGAGGUAGGACAGGGAGAGGAAGCAGAAGAACAGUUUUCCUGACGACCAAGCCCACACACUCAGACACAGAAAUACUGCACACACAAGCACACACAGACGUGCACACUCUCACCCACGCACUUUUGGACUUUCGACUCAUCUGUGGACUCCAAACCUGUCCUCUGGAGCUCUACCCGCGCUUUCCUUACUCUCAGUCAUCACUCUCCUCACCACUUCACCCACCUUCACUCCGUCAGCCCCUCGCUUGGUGUGAGGGCAGAUGGCCAUGGCGCGGGCCUCUCUUGGGGGUGCUUUAGGCUAUGCCCUGCUUGCCCUAGUCCUGGGGAGCAGCAACAUGGAUUUCGGGGCUCCCCCUGCGAGCUUCUACCCCCGUUUCAACCCCUUCUUCUUCCUGUGCACCCACCACGGGGAGCUGGAGGGAGUCGGGGUGGCAGAAGGUGGGGGAGAGGUGCUUCUCACCCUCCAAAUUACAGGCAGCCCCACCACCUACACCCCUGGACAGGAGUAUCAAGUAAGCAUCUCUACCAGUGUAUCCUUCGAUGGUCUCCUGGUGACUGGCCUCUACACCUCCACACCAGUCCAGUCGGCUCCCAUCCCCGCUCCAGCUGCUUUUGGCUUUGGUGUGAUACCAGAUCGUCAGUUUGGUGGAACCCAGUUUGUUUGCAGUGUGGUGGCUUCCCAUGUCAGCCACCAGCCCUCCACGAGCUUCAGCUUUGUCUGGAUUGCCCCACCACCUGGCACUGGCUGCGUCAAUUUCCUAGCCACGGCCACAUAUCGUGGACAGAUCAUUUUCAAAGAUGCGCUGGCCCAGCAGCUCUGUGAGCAGGGGGCUCCAACUGAGUCCCCAUUGAGACCGAGUCUUGUGGAGCUCCAUGGAAAACAUGCUGUGCUGCGUGACGACUUUGACUCCAACUUACUAGGAGAGCUAGACCCCAGCAUCUGGUCUGAGUGUAGCAACUGCGAGGUUGGAGAGCAGUGUGGCGUACUGAUGCAUGGCAGAGCGGUCACUUUCUGUGAGCCCUUUGGAGCGAGAGAGCUGACUACUGUGCCUCUAAACACCAGCACAGCCUCAGUCCUGCAGUUUGCCCUGGGCUCGGGCUCCUGCCGGUUCAGUUACUCAGACCCCAGCAUCACUGUGUCAUACAGCCUAAGUGGUAACACCAACACCUCAGAUGACUGGAUCACACUGAGAAGAUCAGCUCCUACCAACAGCAGCACUGUCAUCCACCUGCUCCCCCUUCCACAUUCCACCAGAGCUGAUGGAGUUCGUCUCCGCUGGUCUCAGGAGGCCCCCAGGCCCGAAGGCUACGAGUCCUGCUGGGGGAUGGACAAUGUACUUCUGGUCAAUGCUGCCCACAGGACCCCCUUGAUGGAGGACAACUUGGAUCCUCCAGACACUGCCAACUGGCUCUUCUUCCCUGGAGCUACUGUCAAGCAUGCCUGUCAGUCAGAAGGCAAUGCCAUGUAUUUCCAUGGUGGUGAGGAAACUGGACACAGCUUUGCCUCCACCAGAGACAUUGAUCUGCACCGUGAGGAGGGAAGGAGCUACUGGGAGGAAGACUUUGAGAGCCCACCAUUAAACUGGGACGUAGAGGGCGCUAUCUACGGGACCCAGUGUGGAGAGAUUGAGUCUGGCUCUGCGCUGGUGUUUGACAGGGAAGGCCGGAGGCGAGUGUGCACCCCCUACCUCGACACCACAUCUUAUGGAAACCUCCGCUUCCACUUUACCAUGGGUGGUGCGGACUGUGAUCCAGGAGAAUCCCAUGAAAAUGAUGUGAUUCUGUUUGGACGGUCUGAAGGCAGGAGGGAGCGUGUGGUGCUCGACACCCUUCCAUACUCUUCUUACAGGAGUCCUGCAGUGGUAUCUGUGGCCCUGCCAACUGAGCUACAAACACCAGUCACCCAGUUCUGCUUGGAGCAGCGGUCACAUGGCGGUGUCAACCGUCACGUGUGGGCCGUGGACUUCAUGCAGCUGCUCCCUGUGCUGCCUGGCACCCACACACACGUUGCUCAGUUCUCCAUCAACCUGGGCUGUGGCUCCUACCAGCCUGCCAACAGUGUCAGUCUGGAGUUUUCUACCAACCACGGCCGUUCCUGGUCUCUGCUCCACACUGAGUGUCUGCCAGAGCUCUGCGCUGCGCAUCUACCUCACAGCACCAUAUACUCUUCUGACAACUACAGCGGGUGGACCAGAAUCUCUAUUCCUCUGCCCAAUGCUGCCCUCACAGAGACAACUCGGUUUCGCUGGAAGCAGUCUGCUCGAGCCGGCAACAUGUGGGCUAUAGACAACGUGUAUAUUGGUCCAGCUUGCCUUCGUUUUUGCUCUGGAAGAGGACAUUGUUCCCGCACAGGAUGCAAAUGUGACCCAGGCUUCAGUGGUCCAGCUUGUGAGCUUGCCUCCCAGACUUUUCCAGCUUUCCUUUCUGAAGGUUUCUCCAGCCCGCGCCUCUCCUCCUACCAUAGCUUCUCCUCACUUCGUGGGGCUGAGGUCAGCUUUGGCUGCGGCGUGCUUGCCAGCGGCAAGGCACUGGUUUUCAACAGGGACAGCAGGAGACACUUGGUCACGGCUCCACUAGACAGUUCCCAGGCCAGGUACCUGCAGUUCACUCUUCGGCUGGGCAGUCGAAGCAUCCUGAGCUCAUGUCCUGCACCAGACCAGCCAGGGGAGGGAGUCCUGCUGCAUUACUCCUCAGACAACGGCAUCACCUGGACCCUGCUGCAGCACUAUGCGUACCAAGGCUUCCAUGAGCCAAGGAUUGUGUCUGUUGAACUUCCAUCUGGCGCUCGCAAAUUUGGCGUGCAGUUCCGCUGGUGGCAGCCGUACCACUCAGGCCGUGGUCAUGAUGUGUGGGCCCUGGAUGAAAUCAGCAUGACCUCUGUGCUAUUCAACACCAUAAGUCUCGACUUCAGCAACGUGUUGGACGUCACCCAGAGUCUCGGUUUCUAUCUCGGGCAUGUCCAGCCGUACUGUCAGCAUGACUGGACCCUCAGCUUCUCUGGUGAGCCCAGCCCUGGCUCCAGUAUCCGCUAUGUGGAAACUCAGUCAAUGCAGAUCGGAGCCUCCUACAGUCUGCAGUUCUCACUGGUCAUGGGGUGUGGCCGCGAGCCCUCCCCUCACAUUGACACUCAAGUGCGACUGGAGUUCUCCACCAAUCAUGGUCUCACCUGGCACCUGGUGAAAGAGGCCUGUCUACCUGGCAUGCCAAGCUGCUCUGAGUUUACAGCUCCCAGUGUCUACCACCCAUCAGAGUUCAAAGACUGGAGACGCAUAACCCUUUCUCUGCCUCAGAAAACAUGGUCCAGUGCAACACGGUUCCGCUGGAUCCAGAGUUACUAUGGAGAACAGGAUGAGUGGGCCCUGGAUGACAUCUACAUUGGCCAGCAGUGUCCUAACAUGUGUCACGGACAUGGCUGGUGUGAUCACGGCCAUUGCAGGUGUGAUGAUGGUUUCUCUGGAACAGACUGCCAGCCCUCCUCCCCCCUCUCCUCUAGUGUACUCUCUGACUUUGAGUCCCAGGAUGCAUUGCUUGCCACAUGGCAAGAGGUGAUAGGUGGAGAAGUGGUGACACCUGACAUGGGCUGUGGUGUGGUUUCAUCUGGAUCGUCCUUGUACUUCAGCAAGGCUGGGCUUAGGCAGCUUGUGAGCUGGGACCUGGACACUGAAUGGGCAGAGUUUGUGCAGUUCUACCUGCGGGUAGGUGGAGACUGGGCGGAGUGUAACCAGGCAGACAGCAGGGAGGAAGGAGUUCUGCUGCAGUACAGCAAUGACGGAGGCAUCAGCUGGGGCCUCAUUGCUGAGAUGUAUUUUACUGACUUCACCAAGCCUCGCUUUGUGCAUUACGAGCUUCCCUUGGCCUCUAAAACACCUUCCACAAGGUUUCGCUGGUGGCAGCCUCUUCACUCGGGGGAGGGCUAUGACCAGUGGGCAAUCGAUGAUGUCAUAAUUUUGUCAGAGAGGGAGAAACACAUCAUCCCCAUGGCCAAUCCUACUCUGCCACAGAACUUUUACGAGAAGCCAGCUUUCGACUAUCCCCUGAACCAGAUGAGUGUCUGGCUGAUGCUGGGUAAUGAAGGCAUGGAGAGGGAAAGCAACAACAGCUUCUGUGCUCCAACUCCCUCUGCUAUGGUGUUCGGGCGUUCUGAUGGGGACAGGGUGGCUGUCACCAGGGACCUGGCUCUGCGCCCUGGCUACACCCUUCAGUUCAAACUGAACAUCGGCUGUGAAUCAGAGUUCAGUGCGUCUGCCCCAGUCCUGCUGCAGUACUCCCACGAUGCUGGUCGUACCUGGGCCCUGGUGAGAGAGGGCUGUUACCCAGGCACCCCUGGGGCCGGUGUCUGUGAGGGCAGCGGUCGUGAGCUGAGAGAACCCACUGUCUACAACACUGGAGAUUAUGAGCAGUGGACUAGGGUCACUGUGGUCAUACCACGCAGUGUUGCAGCCAGUAAAACGAGGUUCCGCUGGUUCCAGGAGAGUAGUGUGCACAGAGAUGCUCCACCCUUUGCUCUGGAUGGGGUCUACAUCUCUGAGCCCUGUCCAAACCACUGUGGAGGACAUGGUGACUGCAUCUCUGGUGUCUGCUUCUGUGAUAUGGGAUAUACAGUGGAACAGGAUAGUUGUGUCCCAUCUGUGGCCAGUCCCACAGAGCUCACUGAGGGCUUUGAGGGGAAACUGAGCCCACUUUGGCAGAGUCUCAGUGGGGGACACAUUGGAGGAGGCUGUGGCAUCAUUGGUGAGGGUAAGGCCCUUUACUUCAACAGUCCCGGGCGGCGAGAAGCACACACGGUGCCUCUAGACACCACCAACACUCGGUUGGUUCAAUUCUACAUCCGAAUUGGCAGCAAGAGUUUGGGACCCACUUGUACCAGGCCUCGCUCCCGCAAUGAAGGUGUCAUUGUCCAGUUUUCCACCAACAAUGGUGUCCAGUGGCAGUUCCUGAGGGAACUGGAUUUUAGUUCCUUCCUGGAGCCACAAGUGGUGACCAUCGAGCUGCCACCUCCAGCAAAAACCCCUUAUACGGUGUUCCGUUGGUGGCAGCCGCAGCAAGGGAAACACUCUGCCCAGUGGGCUCUGGAUGAUGUUCUGAUUGGUAUGAACGACAGCUCCAGGACAGGUUUUCAUGACAAGUUCGAUGGCACAACCCCCGCUGAGGCAAACUGGUAUCGCAUUCAGGGUGGGGAGGUGACCGUGGACUGUUUGUCUUUGGACACAGCUCUUACUUUCAACUCUGAGGCCAUUGACAAGAAACCAAGAUAUGCAGAAAGCUGGGACUUUGAGGUGACGGGCUCGUCGUUCCUGCAGUUUGAGCUGAGUAUGGGCUGUAGUAAGUCCACUUCCUUUUCCCACGGCGUGCGGCUGGAGUACUCCACCGACUGUGGUCGCCACUGGUCUCUCAUCACUCCAGAGUGUGUGCCCCCAGCAAUCGGCUGUGCUGGUUAUACUCAGAGUUCUAUCUAUACAUCAACUCAGUACAAACACUGGAGGAGGAUUACUGUCUACCUGCCUAGUGCAGCAAAUUCCCCUAGAACUCGCUUCCGUUGGAUUCAAACCCACUUUACCCCCGGAGCUGAAGGAUGGGCUCUAGAUAAUGUUUUACUUGCCCCUGGCUGCCCCUGGAUGUGCUCUGGACAUGGCCUUUGUGACAAUGGACACUGUGUGUGUGAAGGUUAUGGAGGGGCGCAUUGUGUGCCUUUGGCCCCACUGCCAUCUGUGCUAAGAGAGGACUUUAAUGAGAACUGCAAGGAAACCUGGCCCGAGGUGUACGGAGCUGAGGGAACUCUGAGCGGAGAGCCUCUUAAGUCUGGGACUGCUCUUAUUUUCAAAGGGUAGGAUGGUCUGCGAAUGAUUGUGUCGGAUCUCGACUGCACAAACACUCUCUACAUCCAGUUUUCCUUCAAAUUCAUAACUAAAGGUGUGCCAGAGCGCUCCCACUCAGUGCUGCUGCAGUAUUCUGUGAAUGGGGGAAUCAGCUGGCUGCUUUUAGAUGAGUUUUACUUCCCAGCUUCAACUGACACGCUCUUCCUCCAUCUGCCACUGCCAGCCAGCGCUCAGACCAACGCCACUCGUUUCAGACUCUGGCAACCCUACAACAGUGGCAAGAAGGAGGAGGUGUGGGUGAUAGAUGAUCUCAUCAUUGAUGGCAGCUCCUUGCACAACCCCCCAGUGGUGAUAGACAGUUUUGAGGAAGGCCCCAAUGAGUCCAACUGGCUGUUCUCUCCAGGGGGAAACACUGGUGUCUACUGCCCCUACCAGAAGACCGGCCUGGAGGAGGAUGAGUCAGCUAUGGUUGUCUCCAGUGAGCUUGGAGAACACUCUAUUACCACCAGGGACAUUGAUGUAAAUGAGAACACUAUCAUCCAAUUUGAGAUUAAUGUGGGCUGCACAGCUGAAAGCGCUUCUGCUUACCCAGUGCGUCUUGAGUUCUCACGGGACUUUGGUGCCACGUGGCACCUCUUGGUACCACUGUGUGCAGGCGGACCCCAGCCCUCCUCACUUUGCUCCACAGAACUUCACCCUGCCAGCAUCUAUUUCCCUGGUACUACUCAGGGAUGGAGAAGGGAGGUCAUUCAGUUUGGCAGACUCCGCCUCUGUGGGUCAGUAAGGUUCCGUUGGUAUCAAGGCUUCUUCUCAACUGGUUCUUCUCCUCCAACAUGGGCACUAGACAAUGUCUACAUUGGCCCACAGUGUCAGGACAUGUGUAAUGGUCAUGGGGCCUGUGUGGGUGGCACUCACUGUGUGUGUGACCCUGGCUACUCUGGAUCUGACUGCUCUGUGCCUGACACCCCCAAUCCUGACUUCCUUAAAGAGGACUUUGAAGGUACAGAGGAGCCUGAGCAUUUUAAACUCCUGAGUGGUGGAAAACCAUCCAGGAAGUGUGGCAUCAUGUCAAGUGGGAACCACCUGUUCUUCAGUGAGGAUGGCCUACGCAUGUUGGUCACCAAUGACAUGGACCUGUCAAAUGCCAGGUUUGUUCAGUUCUUCCUACGCCUCGGUUGUGGUAAAGCACCACCGGACCCUCGCUCUCAGCCAGUCUUGCUGCAGUUCUCUGUGGAUGGAGGUCUGACCUGGGGACUCCUGCAGGAAUUUCUCUUUAGCAACAGCAGUAAUCAGGCUCGUCUGGUGGCCCUGGAGAUCCCCCUGCGUGCCCGCACCCCUUCCACUCGCCUCCGCUGGUGGCAGCCGUCUGAAAAUGGACACUUUUACAGUCCAUGGGUCAUUGACCAGGUGGUGGUAGGUGGCAGUGCCAGUGGCUGGGGACCACUAGAAGAUGAUUUCUCCUCGAUCGAUGGACGGUCGUGGCUCCUCCAUCCAGGAGGGACCAGAAUGCCUGUUUGCGGCUCUGACGGACCUGCUUUUGCUUUUAUUGAGAAGUCCAACACACGCUAUGCUGUCACCACUGACAUCAGUUUGGGUCAAGAUGCAUUUAUCCAGUUUGACUUUUCUGCCUCCUGCUCUGUAACAAACUCCUGCUAUUCUGUAGAGUUAGAAUAUUCCCUGGAUCUGGGUUUGACCUGGCAGCCUGUUGUCAGAGACUGCUUGCCCACAAGCCCUGACUGCUCUUCAUACACUCUACAAAGCGAACUUUCUGCUGAAGAAUAUCGUUAGUUUGCCCGAACUAUCUCUGUAUCUCUGACUUUAAUUUAUGUCAUUAGGUCUCCAGCCACAAGGUUCCGUUGGUACCAGCAGGCCCCCUUUGACAAUCAGCAGACCUGGGCUCUGGACAACCUCUACAUCGGAGAUGGCUGCCCAGAUAUGUGCUCUGGACAUGGACUUGCCAGCAGAGCUCCUGUGUGUAAGUACCAACAGUGGGGUGGAGAAUACUGUGAUGAGCCUGUGGUCCCUCUGCCCUCCCAGCUGAAGGACAGCUUCAGUCGAGCUCCCUCACUCAGUCACUGGCACGUACUCACGGGUGGGAAACUCAGCACUGUGUGUGGGAGCUGUGGCCUCUGAGCAGCUCUGCACUUCAGUGGGAGUUUGCAGCCGUCACUGGUAACAGUGGACCACCUGACCAACGCCGAGUUCAUUCCAGUUCUAUUUCAUGUAUGCUGCAUGGUCCCGCCGAGUAACAACCGCAACCAGGGUGUCCUUUUGGAGUACAGCUUGAAUGGUGGAAUCAUGCAUCUGCUGACAGAGAUCUUUUAUGAUCUGUACACCAAGCCUGGGUUUGUGAAUGUGCUGCUGCCCCCUGCUGCCCGUCAGGAAGGGGUACGUGUGCGCUGGUGGCAGCCACAGCAUGACGGUGUGGACCAUAGUGAUUGGGCUCUAGAUAACGUUCUUAUCGCAGGCUCAGACCCACGGGCACAGAUCUCUGACACUUUGGAGGGGUGGCUGCCUAACCACGAGAGGGCUCCUGCUGAUGGAACUUCAGGAAGGAUAGGUCAACUGAGUGAGCAGGAAGAAAACACCAAUAGUGAGCGAUCAUUGUUGUUCUCAGAGGACUGCUCAGUGCAGCGCUUCUGUGGCUCUCCUGAUGGAGUGGUGUGUGGAAAUGCUGAUGGUAGAGAGGUGUAUGCUGUCACACAUGAUAUUGUUCCAGAUAAGGGCUGGGUAAUGCAGUUCAAGAUUGCUGUAGGCUGCAGUUUGCCAGAGCGUCACGAUCGGCAAAUUCAUAUUCAGUAUUCAGUAGACUUUGGAGUGACUUGGAAGUACCUGGUCCUCAGUGCCUGCCUGCUGACCCCCCGCUGUGGUGGUCAGGUCUCCCAGCCAUCAGUCUUUUUCCCUGCUAAUGGCUGGAAGAGGGUAGUCUAUCCUCUGCCUGAAAGUCUGGCUGACACUGCGGUGCGGUUCCUUUACCAGCAGCACUCAGACAUUCAGUGGGGUGUGGAGAACUUUUACAUCGGGCCAGCGUGUGACAGCCACUGGGGGCAUGGAGACUGUCAUCAGCGCUGCCUCUGUGAUCCAGGAUUCACUGGACCAAACUGCUACGCUAGUACUGCUCUUAAGGCAUCUCUGAAGGAGCGUUUUGACUGGGAAGGGGCAACAGGACCUCAGUGGCAGGUGCUGGAGGGCGGUAAGCCCUGUACAGACUGUGGUGUGUUGGUGGAGGGGACAGCCCUGUAUUUUGGUGGGGCUGAUGCCAGACAAGCUGUCACUGUUGAUCUAUCUACGGGAGCCAAGUUUGUAGAAUACUGGGCGAGGAUUGGAAGUGAAGAUAACAUGACCAUGUGCCACCGUCCAACUUGUCGUAAAGAGGGAGUGCUGCUGGAUUACUCUACUGAUGGAGGUGUAUCCUGGACACUGCUGCAUGAGAUGGACUAUCUGAAGUACGUGUCGGUGAGAAGAGACUACAUCGUGCUGCCAGAAGGAGCUCUAACCAAUGCUACACGGCUACGCUGGUGGCAGCCUUUUACCAUUUCCUCUGGGCUCGCCACCCCGAGCCUGGAAAGAGCCCAGUGGGCCAUAGACAACAUAUUGGUGGGAGGGUCAGAUAUCAACCCAUCCACCCUGCUCGACACAUUUGAUGAUGUGAGUUCGUAUGAGUUUACACUAUCAGACACUCACCUGUCUUUUUACCCUAAUGCCGUUCGUACAGCCGGCUUCUGUGGAAAUCCAUCUUUUCACCUAUACUGGCCCAACAAGAACCAAGAUAAGACACACAACAUCCUGGCCACUCGAGAGCUCAUAGUGCAGCCUGGAUAUAUUUUACAAGUUCAAGAUUGUUGUUGGUGUGAGGCAGACACCUGUGAAGACCAUCAUUCUGUCCUGCUGCAGUACAGGAAGGAUGCAAGGUCUGACUCAUUGCAGCUGGUACAGUCAGAGUGCCUCCCUUCAUCAGUUAACAACGUGGGCUGUUCCCCCUUCCAAUUCCAUGAAUCCACAAUCUACACAGUCAACAGCUCAACAUGGACCAGGGUCACUGUCCAGCUGCCAGAUCAUGUCUCCUCAGGGGCUACCCAGUUCCGCUGGAUUCAAAAGGAUGGAUUGGGAGAGAGACAGAGCUGGGCAGUGGACCAUGUUUACAUCGGCGAGGCCUGCCCAGGGCUCUGCAGCGGCCAUGGCUACUGUACUAGUGGAGUAGUCUGCAUCUGUGAUGAGGGACACCAUGGUGACGAUUGCUCCCUCUCCAGCAGCGACCUGCCCAGCUCCAUCAAGGACAACUUUGAAUCAGGCAGCGUGUCUCAGGAGAGCUGGCAGCUGAUCCAGGGUGGUGGAGUGGGCAGUGGCUGUGGGCAGUUGUCACCGCAUGCCCACGGAGACUCACUUUAUUUUAAUGGCUGUAAGAUGAGGCAGGCAGUUACUAAACCGCUGGACCUCACUAGAGCUAGUAAGAUCAUGUUUGUGCUGCAGAUCGGCAGCGUGGCACAGACAGACAGCGGCAACAUAGCUCUAGACCAAGCUGACACAGUUGACCGGGCCGUGCUGCUUCAAUACAGCAUCAAUAAUGGAGUCAGCUGGCAUGUAAUUGCCCAGCAUCAGCCCAAAGACUUCAUAAAGGCCCAGAGAGUUUCCUACAACAUUCCACUUGAGGCGAGGGUUAAAGGGGUGAUGCUGCGAUGGUGGCAGCCAAGACAUGAUGGUGCAGGACACGACCAGUGGGCACUGGACCAUGUGGAAGUAGUUCUUGUCAGCACACGUAAACAGAACUACAUGAUGAACUUUGCCAGACAGACCGGCAUGCGUCACUACUACAGCCGCAAGAGGCGGGCACUGCAGCGCCGUGCUUGAACCCAACAAGUAGGGAUUCAUCCUCUGACGUGCCAACCACACAUCGACCUGCCACACACAUCCUUAUUCUCAUCCUGUUGAGACCCAUCCAGUGGAUUCCAGUCAGCCUUAGAUUUCCCUCACACAUCUUCACCCACCCCUGCCACAAACAUGGGACAUCCUAUCCGUUUACGCUCCAGCCAAUCAAGGCCUUCCCAAACUCACGGGUCGGCAGGAUUGAAACUCAGAGUGAAGGAGUGAAGAGGCUGUUUUGUUUACUUGUUCCCACGGAUGGUCGGGAUUUCUAGUUGUUUUGUAAUUGUUGCUGUGGUUCCUCCGAUUCCUGUUCCCACCUGCUAUAUCCUUCCCUCUGGCUCCCACCUCCACCCCUCCUCACCUUCUCCCUUCUUUUCCUGCCACACUGUGAAAUUGAGAGAUAAUAUAUCACUGCUGAACUGACCAGCCGAUUGGAGAGCAGCCUCCCAGUUCCACUGAGCCACCGGGUAGGAGAACCACUCCACUGCUGCCAACCAGUACACCCGGAGAACGACCGCAAUGAUGAUACUGACCAUUAAGAGGGAUGACGGUGAUCAAGCUCCAAAAAGAAAAAAAAAAGAAAAAAAAAGUACUGUGUUCUUGCUGUUCUGUGUGUCUGUGGGUUCUUUUUGUGAUGAGUUGACUGUGGUGUUCUGUUCGUUUGUUCAUUCGUUUUCUACUAAUU